AACGCCCUGAAAUCUCCGUCGCUGUGACUUCUUGAAGAGGGCGCCCCUGAUUACCGAAUAAGAAGCUUGCUCCUUGGGCCAAUAAGACGCCCUUCAUUCCCGCCGGCUCACUCGUGUCUUGGCCGGAUUCUUCGCGACGCCCUGGUCUCCCUCCUCAAAUUCCAUCAUGAAACACCUCGAUCGUUGGCUAGACCGGAUUACCCGUCAUGCCAAAGAGAUAUUGGAGCCAUCCUCCACGCCUGUUGAGCAGACGGGUCCACCGCCCAAUCAGCAGUAUCACCGUCCUCCGCCGCCAUUACCUCCAGUUGCAACGCCGGUGCUCGCCAGAUCUGGCCCACAGACUGUUUUCGCUCAUUUCAUCGUUGGAAAUGCCGCUGCUAUGACCCCCGAGCAGUGGGAGUCGGACAUUAGAGAGGCACAAAAAGCUCAUAUCGAUGGCUUUGCACUGAACAUUGCUCCCCAGGACAGCUACACCGAUGAUGUCCUCGAGAAAGCGUACUCUGCAGCGGAGAGCGUCGGGAAUUUCUCCCUCUUCCUGUCUUUUGACUAUGGUUCAGGGGGCCCAUGGCCGGCCGAUCGGGUAAUUUCAACGAUCAACACCUACCGGAACCGAAGUGCCCAAUAUCACUAUCAGGGGAAGCCGCUAGUCUCGACAUUUAUAGGGGCUGGUAAUGCAGGCGACUGGCCGUACAUCAAAGGAUCUGCUGAUUGCUUCUUUAUGCCAUCCUGGCCCGAUAUGGGGCCGGCAAGACUCAGGGAUUACCUGGACAUCAUUGACGGCGUUUUCAGUUGGGAUGCCUGGCCGGUGGGGGCGCAGAACAAAAACGUGACGAGCGAUCGCGAAUGGAUGCAUGCCCUUUCUGGGAAGCCGUACAUGAUGCCUGUCUCUCCCUGGUUCUACACCAAUUUACCCCAGUGGAACAAGAAUUGGCUAUGGCGCGGGGACGAUUUGUGGCAUAUACGGUGGGAGCAAGUCAUGAACUUGCAGCCGGCCUUUGUUCAGAUUAUUAGUUGGAAUGAUUACGGCGAAUCCCACUAUAUAGGGCCGAUCUACGAACCCGGGAUGCCUGACGGAUCUUCCAAGUACGUCUUGGAUUGCCCGCACGAUGCGUGGCGAGCUCUGCUGCCUCACUACAUCGCCGCCUAUCGAGGGUCCGGGAUGAAUAGUAUGUACCAGGCGAAUCAGACACUGCCUUUGGAGGAUAAGAUGGUUUAUUGGUAUCGCUUAAAUCCGAGUUAUGCUGGGAGUGCCAACGGCACGACGGGCAAUGAUCCUAAUGUGGGCCAGGAGGUGAUGCCACCGAAUGAAGUUGCCCAGGACCGAGUAUUCGUCAGUGCUACUGUUAAAGAUGCCUGUGAGAUAUACGUCCAGAUCGGAUAUUGCGAACCUACAAUUCUUCAGGCGUCUGGUCCGGGAAUCCAUCACUUUUCGGUGCCGUUCAACGGGCAAACGGGGCCGGUGCGGAUAGUGAUGGUCCGGAAUGGCUAUGAGGUUGCAGUUGCCGUUGGACCAGCGAUCACGGAUGACUGCAAGGAUGGCAAUGUCAAUUGGAACGCCUCCAUGGCCAAGAAGAACAUCAUGGGCCUCCGUGAGGCCGCUAUGGCCUAUCGUCCCAGCUCGUCCGGCCACCUCCCCGACCCGGUCCAGGACUACUCUCCAGUCUCUCCUGCUCCCACCGCGCAACCUACUGCGGGACCGGGGUCCGUUAACCCAGAUGACUAUGCGAAACCGUACUGCGAGUUUAUGACGGCGAACCCGACCAUCUUCCAUGCUGUUGACGGCUUCACCAAACAGCUGGAAAGCAAAGGAUACAAGCGCCUGCCCGAGCGCGAAGCGUGGACCUCCAAGCUUGAACGCGGCGGGAAAUAUUACUGCACUCGGAACUCCAGCGCGUUUAUCGCGUUCUCCAUUGGCAAGGAUUACAAGAGUGGAAACGGUAUGGCUAUCGUGGCCGGUCACAUUGACGCCCUCACCGCCAAGUUGAAGCCCGUGUCCAAGCUCCCCACAAAGGCCGGCUUUCAGCAGCUCGGGGUUGCCCCAUAUGCAGGUGCUCUGAAUGAGACUUGGUGGGAUCGGGAUCUAUCUAUUGGUGGCCGUGUUUUGGUCCGGGACCCUAGCAGCGGAAAGGUCGAGUCCAAGUUGGUCAAGCUGGACUGGCCGAUCGCCCGUAUUCCCACCCUUGCACCGCACUUCGGCGCGCCAUCCCAGGGCCCCUUCAACAAGGAGACGCAGAUGGUACCUGUGAUUGGCGUGGACAACUCCGACCUCUUCCAGCAGCAAACGUCGUCCACUACAAGCCCCUUCGCGGCGGGCUCAUUUGCCUCUACGCAGCCGGAGAAGCUCGUCAAGGUCAUCUCCAAAGAAUUGGGCAUUACGGACUACAACACCAUUCUCAACUGGGAACUGGAACUCUAUGACAGUCAGCCAGCGCAGCUGGGUGGUCUGGAGAAGGACCUGAUCUUUGCGGGGCGGAUUGAUGACAAGCUAUGCUGCUACGCGGCUCAGGAGGCUCUGAUCGCCUCGCCGGACAGCACAUCCCCGGGAUCGGUGAAGAUGGUCGGUAUGUUUGACGACGAGGAGAUUGGCAGUUUGCUCCGCCAGGGUGCUCGGUCCAACUUUAUGAGCAGCGUGAUGGAGCGUAUCGCCGAGGCCUUCGCUCCGAGCUAUGGACCCAACGUGCUGGCGCAGACCGUGGCCAACAGCUUCUUUGUCUCCUCGGACGUCAUUCAUGCGGUUAACCCCAACUUCCUCAACGUGUACCUGGAGAACCAUGCCCCGCGCUUGAACGUCGGCGUGUCCGUCUCCGCCGACUCGAACGGACACAUGACGACGGACAGUGUGAGCCAUGCUUUCAUGAAGCGUGUCGCUGAGCGCUGCGGCUCAACCCUGCAGGUCUUCCAGAUUCGCAAUGAUUCCCGCAGCGGCGGCACUAUCGGGCCCAUGACCAGCUCCCGGAUUGGCAUGCGGGCAAUUGAUGUGGGCAUUCCUCAGCUCAGUAUGCACAGUAUCAGGGCGACGACGGGCAGUCGGGACCCUGGUCUGGGAGUGCAGCUGUUUAAGGGUUUCUUCGACUACUUUGAGGAGAUUGACAAGGAGUUUGCUGACUUUUAGACAUGUUGUACUUUGAUGAUAGUCUAGAUAUAGAUUCCCAAUGCUAUGUGUAGUGCUUCAAAUUCGAG